AUUCGCGUCUUAGCGAAGUUACUUAAGGCACCAGUUUGUACAACGUGUAUUGCCACUUCACGAGUGUUGUCUUGUCGUUUGCUUUGCGAGACAGUAAACCAUUGCGUUUCGUGAAAUUAACAUUUGCUUUAUAACGUUAUUUACUUUUUCGUUAGCUUAGCUAGCUAACGUUUGCAGAAAUGAAGCCAGUGAGAGGCUCUAACCGCGCCGCGUCAAAAGCACCAAACGUGAAAAACAAGAAAAAGACGACUGAACAACAAGCAGCAGAGCACCAGGACCCACAGCCCACGAAAACGAAUCAUGGCAAGAUCACAAACCCAAAACCACCACAGAAGAGGAAAGCUGAAGGUUCAUCUUCAGCCCCCAAAAAAGUCAGAGCUGAGGACAAGUGGAAGCUGAUGCCAGUAUCCUCCAUCAAUGAUUUGGAGAACAUCAUGGAUUUGUCAAUACUAGCAACUCUUGCCUUGAAGCACAAAGAGAGGAAAGAGAGCCAGGAACAUCUGAACAUAAUGAAAACAAGGUUUCUUGCUCAAUGUGCAGCACUCAAAGUUCCAGUGCAGAAACAAAACGAAUUGGAGCAAUCAUCUCAACGCCACCAGGAGGAGGCCAAAAAGUCACAGCUUGGAAAGAUGACACUGAGCACUCUGGAGGAAGAUUUGAGGGCUGUGGUCAGUGCUCUGGAGACAAAAGAAGAGCAGACUGUCUCUUUACAGCACACAUGCAGUAUGCUGAGAGACCAGGUGGAGGAGGAGGAGGAGAAUGCUAAAGAGAUCUUACAGAUUGUUGAACAAGCAGAGCUCAACCUCCCCCCUCUUCUUCCACAGAAAAAUGGAACAUCAUUAGCUGCUCGAUCGAAAAAAAAUAUUCCAGACAAUUAAUCUGACACCACGGCUCGGAAACUGGGAGAAAUCCUGCAGAAAUCAGAGGCCAUUCAGGAUGCCAAGGCGCUGUUUCUACAGGCACGCAAACAUGCCGAUCAGCUCUUCAACCUUGGCUUCACUCCAAUCAGGGGUGCACCUUGUUAAGACGAGAACCUUGCCUAAUCUCUGUUUACACAGGUCUGAAAUCUUUUUUUUAAAAGGACAUUUGCAAGUGUCCCCACAUUGUUUGGAGCUUGGUGUAUGGGGAAAUAAGACUUGGUCUCAGUAUGACUCAGUUCCAUAUUUUGUGGUUGAGGAAGACACCUGCAACAGCCCGAAACAUUGCAGCCUUUAAGUGAAGAUUGAGACAAUUUCAAACCAUGACGAGCCCCAUUACUGGUUCCAAAAAAGCAGAUUAUGCAGGAAUUAUUUAAAAAGUUUUAAACCUGUGAAGUUUGGUGAAAGAGCAAUUUGGUCAAAUUAAAUAAAUGCAUAAGCAGAUCAGCAGAUGUUUCUACACACAAACACAAAUACUGUCAUAUACCCUGGGGAAAUCUAUGAUGAAGGUAUGAUGGUAUGACAAAAAUGUAUGCAGCCCAAGCUGCCAACCUUAGAGAAAUAUUUUCCUAAUUAGGAUGACAAUUUACAUGUGAGCAGAACUGGAGCAAACUAUAGCUGCUAAAAUAGGCUUUGCCAUUUGGUUACAUAGACUAUUGCUUGAGUUCUUGAAUUACAAGAAAACCUGCUAUACUUUGAUAUAUAUCAUUCUCUAGAUAAUGACUCAUAUAAGGAUAGAAGAUUUUGGCCCAGCCCUAAUUUAGCGUGUGUCUUGCGGAAGACAUCAAAAAAAUAACUGGUUGUUCAUAACUGAAAUUCUUCCCCGUUUGGUCUUUAAGACACGAGUCUGUAGGCAAGCAUAUACUGUGACUGCAUUAUCAGAUGUCAUCAAAAAGAGGUCAUGUAAAGAAACUAACUUUUGUUUAUUCAUGUUUUAAUGUUGAAAGAAAAUAAACCAAGUGCUGCCAUUAUUCACAGUUUUA